AUGGUUAAAACUGCAAAAGAAAUCAAUAAAAUCCGCCAAGCAGCCAAGAUUACCGACCAGGCUUAUCAAAAUUUGCUAAAAACAAUCAAGGCCGGCAGGAGCGAAAAAGACUUAGCCGAGAUUAUUGAAAGUCUUCUGAAAAAACAGGGAGCUGAAAAACUUUCCUUUGAUACUAUUGUAGUUUCUGGGGUAAAUGGCGCCUUGCCACACGGACAGCCCAGUAAUAAAAUUAUUAAAGAAGGGGAAUUAAUUACUAUGGAUUUUGGCUGUAAAUACCAAGGAUUUUGUUCGGAUUUUACUCGCAUUGAGGCGGUUAAACCGGGAAUAAAAUGUAAUGCGAUUGACCAAAUUGUCCGAGAUUAUAUUCAAACCAAAGGCUAUGGAGAAUAUUUUGUGCAUAGCACCGGACAUGGUUUAGGAAUUGAAGUUCACGAAGAACCUCGUAUUUCGCCCAAAGACGAGACCAUUCUCCAACCCGGAAUGAUUAUUACCGUUGAACCAGGCAUUUAUAUUCCUGGUUUAGGGGGAGUAAGGAUUGAAGAUGAUGUGUUAGUUACCGAAAAAAAUUUGCCCACCACGGCUAGUUCAAAUUUUUUGGUCGAUUUUAGACCGGGGGAACACGCUACAGUGGUUAACUUAUUAACCGCCGCCGGAGCCAUUUUAACAGGAAAGACAGCAAUGGAUGAAUUCGCCU